AUGAAUGUCGAACCUCCCUCGGCCACCUCGAGUUCUGCCGGGUCGGGCGCACCACCCAGCCAACGCAAGGAAAGAGGUGCCAUCGCAGCACAGCUCAUCGAAGGAAAGGUUGACCAACUGGGGUUUCAGCAAGUGCAUCCUUCACCAUAUGAACCCUCGCAGCGCAGCCAAACCCGCCCUGCACCUGCGCAGGCAGGCGGAGGCAGCGGGGACUCUGUACCAACUACAGCCUCCAUUCGGCCCUCAGGCCAAACAAGUCCCACGCCGCAAAAGCCUCAGCCUUACAAGUAUGUUUCGGCCGUGCAUAAGCUUAUGGCGUGGCCCGUAGUGCGCCAGGUUCUUGAUUCGGGACAGACUGAGAUUCCCAAUCUCCACGCCGUGAUCCAGGAUCGUGAUCCCCCCCUUGAACUCCUCGAACAGCAAAGAAGCCGGCGAAAGCUGGCCACUGAUGGGAUGGAGGGUCUCACGAUGGAUGAUAGAGCCUUGCUGGGCCUUCGAGUUGAUGCGCAUAGAAACCCAACGGUUGUCCGACUAUCAGACCUAGACUGGCCCACGGUGGAGAGUCUUUCCAAAGCCUAUUUCGACACAUUCAACUUCAUAUACCCGAUCAUGGACCGACAGGCUUUCAAUACGACCAUUCUCACCUCUGUUGUCGAAAAUGGGUUCAACGAAGGUGUGGCGUCGACCUUGGUGUGCCUGGUCUUUGCCCUUGGCGCGGUUGCCCUCGCAGACUCGCAAAACAUGCCAUUCAUGCGGUACAAGGGACAGAUGGGGAGACCGCCAGAUCGGGCAGCCGAUCGACCGCCGGGGCUGGCUUUUUUCAACGAAGCGAGGAAAAGACUGGGCUUCUCCAUGGCAGAGUGCAGCUUGGAGAGCGUGCAGAUACACGCUCUGGCCGGACUGUACUACGAAAGCUGCUCGCGACAUCUGGAGUUUUGGCGGAUGACCAUUUCGGCUUCCAUGGCAUGCCAUGCCUUGAUAUCUGCGAACCCAGGGGAACUGGAAUCACCUCGCCUUGACCUUAUCCGCAGAGUAUUUUGGCACUGCUCGAUCAUGGAGACAUACCUCAACCUGGAAUUGGAAAUCCCUCUGACAGGGCUCGACAAGCUGGAAGGCAAGGUUGGGCUUCCAGACUUUAGCGGUCCUUUUUGUGAAGCAGACUACCUGGGCAACCAAGAGUCGCGGUUCCAAGAGCACUUUGCAUCGCAAAUUGUCCUCCGACAACUGUCCGUGGGCUUCCACGACACCAUGAGAGAUGGGGAAAAGGACAGGGGGGCUGCCAAUGACGUAGUUCCGGUCAGGAAGCCGUGGUGCGUUACGGGGAUGUCGAGUCUGGGCUUUUCCGUCACGGAGACGGGCGUUAGACCCACCGGCCCCACAGCGCCGCCCAUGCCGUUCCCACCUCCCGACCGCCAGACUCAGCCGUCCGAAGGCUCAAACCCGGUGAUUACGACCAUCAACCACCUAGCAUACCAGUUGGAUCAGUGGCGUGCCUUGCUGCCCGUGCACCUGCGGUGGAGUGACGGCCAGGCCUCCGCUUUCUCAACACCCAUACCUGACCUCUUCACUCAAGGCGGCAUGUACCCACCCCAACAGAUGCAGGCCAUGUUCACUGCCGACAUCUCGUCGCCGUCGGCACCGUACCCUUACGCCACGGAUGUGCAAGUCGCCAUGCUCCGUACCCGGUAUUACUACACAAAGUACCUGCUCUACCGACCAGCCAUUUACAAGGCCCUCCACCAUACCAAUAUGCUCAGUACCGAUGACGCCAAGGCCGUUGCUGAGUGCUUGAAGGCCUCGCUCAAGUGGCCCAUCAUCAUGGCCCCCACCUGUCACCGGAAGCGACUUGUGCCUUGCCUGUUUUUUUGGACGCAAAACCUGCUUGGUGUCCUCAUUCUCUUGCACCUUUCACAGCAAGUGCCAGUCCUAUCCAACAUUCGGGCUCGCUUUUGCGACAACACCUUCGACAUGGAUGCCACCGAUACAGUCAACUUGUCGAUUGCCUGGAUUCGUGACCUCAAAGACGUUGACGCCACAGCUGAAUGGUGCUGGAACGUGCUUCGAGGGAUGUACCGCCUGGACGAUUAG